ACGUCUCUUUCGCCUGCAUGAAACAACAAGCUAAGAACGCAGGGGGAAAGAUAUACUUUUUGUUGUCCUUAGUUGUCUUUUCCUGUCCUUAUGAAUUCUCCUUCACAUCUUUUCCUGCCCUCAUAACUUUUCCAUCGAGGUCAAGGAAAAAUUUUUAGGAAAAGACAAAGGCGGUCUUUUUUUGGACUUGUAUACCCAGGACUAUGCAGCUAUUUCACUAAUGAACGAGACAGUCCGCAGGUUCACUUUCUGUAUGACGUCGAGCCAGUGGAUGAACCAAAUCAGACCUGCAAAGAUCAAACACACACCAGACUUCAGGGAACAAAGUCAGCCAUCAGCACCAGAUCUGGAAAUCAACGGCAGCAGUUUUAAAUCUCAAAGGGAACGCAGUGCUGCUGUUUAUAGAAAUGAAGCUGUUCUGAGAAAGCAGAAGGUGGUGAGACAGUGUGGUGGACGUCUCUCUUCGCCAUGGCAUCAGCUCUGCCGGUGUACUACCAUGGUGCCAUCAGCAAAAAGGAGUGUGAGGAUCUGCUGGGAAAGAAGAACAAGGAUGGAGCCUACCUGAUCCGAGACAGCGAGACCAUCCAUGGAGCCAUGUGUCUUUGUGUUUAUAAACAAAGUGUGGUGUAUACCUACAGACUGCUGCAAUCACACACUGGACAAUAUACUCUCAUGACAGCAGGAGGGUUGGAGGAGACAUUUUUUAAGUCUUUGGAAGAUCUGAUCCGUCACUAUAAAAGGAAGAACCAGGGACUGGCCAUCCAUCUGCGCCACUCAGUCAAAAGGAAGUCAGCCUUGUUAAUCCAGCCCAGGAAACCACCUGAGGUACAACCACAGAGGGAAGAGAUACCUUUACGUGAAGAAGAGCCUGACUAUGAGAAUGUUCCUGACUCUGACUACGUUGAAGUCUUGCCCACCUGAACAACUCUGACUUUUGACAUUUAGCAUCAAACACAUGAGGAGAGUAUGAAAAUAAAUUUUUUGGGGAAGUCUGAACCAUUAGUGCUUUAAAAAAACGAUGUGAGAUUCACAGACUGGAUCGAAUUCAGAAUAAUGAACAAGGAACUUGGACAAAUGGAUGCUGAAGAGCAAUGAACUCUUCAUCUUCUUGUACUCCUGUAGUUAUUCUUUUAUCCCCUGUUUUUAGCCACGCUAGCAGUGUGGUUCUACAGAUGUCGAUCCGUCCGUUCACACGGAAUUAUCUCAACAACCAUUGGAUGGAUUGCCGUGAAAUUUGGUUCAGACAUUUAUGGUUCCCAAAGGAUGAAUUGUAAUCACUUUGUUCCCUUAACAGCCCAUCUAGUUCAGUUAUCUGGUCUAAUUUUCAAUUUGUUUUGUGAGUAUUUACUUGCAAAAUUAUGAUUAGUGCUAUGAGCAGAUGUUAACGUACUAACCUACGGUACAUUAUACAGUAGCAUCAGCAUUUUGUCAAUGCUUUGUGAUACUUUGUGAGCUUACUAAUAUUAGCACCACUGUGUCUAAGUCAAGCGUUGUGACUUUACACAUGCUGAAUGUGUGGGAGCUGCUAAUGAUGAGCAUAUGAUAUUUUUUAACACCCACUGUUAGACUGAGUCUGAAAGGAAAGUGAUCAGAUAACUUUUGCAUGUCUGACGAGAUGCUAAAAUGAGGAGAAUAGGGGAUGCAUCCCACACAGUGAGCCAAACAUUUCAACAACUGUGUGAUCAACUGAUCAGUUGCGUAAUUACUUCAAAAAUCUGAAGAUAUGUGCAUGUGGAAACUCUUGACCUAUUAAAGGAAGUCCUAAAGGGAUUACUCAUAUAGCAAAAAAUCUGCCAAGUGAAAGGCGGUUUCAGUAUUUCUCAGCCCUUAUUAUUUACCAUCACCGGCAACCAUGCAGAGCACAAUGUCACAGAUUAUUGUUUUUAUUGAAAAACCACAUAAACCAUCUUCAGCUUCUUUUUGAUCUUAAAUAUCCAAAAAGUAAUUUCUUUAGAUUAAUGUUAAAACAAAAAACUCAUAGAAUAGCAAAAUAUUGUCUUUAUAUAUGAUAUCUUCCUAUACGUAUUUUUAUGUAACAAACAGGAGGAAAUAGUGCAUUUGUUGUGGACUAUUUUCAGCAGUGGAUGAAUCCACAUGUGGUGCUCCUGUUUGUGGUCAGAAAAAACUUCAGUGUGUGUUCUCGGUGAUGAUGGAACAUGUCACCCAGUGCAGCAGUGAGGCUCACUGAUGGGUUUUUACAAU